AUGGAGGAGAAGUUCAGACAGCACAGUGAGGACCUGCUGGAGCUGCUGGACACCAUGGGGAAUAAUUCCACCAACAUCACUGAGGCUGAAGAUCAGAACUCUGUGGUCUUCCCUAACAAGCUGUACAGCCAGAAGUCCAACGCAUCGGCUGCUCUUCUUCUUCUUCUUCUUCUCCAGGAUGAGGACAAACUGGCGUUCGUGGUCCAGGUCCUGCAGGAGGCGGCCGCCCUGUUUGAGGAGGAUCACAGCUCGGCAUCAUGGGAGGAGAGCACAGCGGAGAACUUCCUCAAUCUGCUCAACAAACAGGCGGACGAACUGAGCUCCUGCAUCGGGAGCCAGAAGAAGAAGAACACCAAGCUGCACAUGUACUUCAAGAGACUCUCAGUGCAGGUCCUGAAGAAGAUGGUGAGUCUGCGUGAAUGUGAGCGACUGUGCUGCCAAACGUGACGUUCUUGGAGGUUUUCCUAAUAAUCCUGAUGCUGUUGUGUCUGCAGGGCCACAGUGCUGAAGCCUGGGAGAUGAUCAGGACGGAAACGGAACUUCAUCUGAUGAGAGUUCAUCAACUGGCUUCAUCUGUGAGCAGCAGUGACUGAAAGGAUGCGUUCACUCAUUCAUCUGUUUAUUUAUUCAAUUCUUUCUCUAUUUAUUAGUUGAUCACUUCAUUUUUCUGUCUGUUCACUAAAAUCAGUCACAUGAACAGCGUGCUAAUCUAUUUAUUUCUCUAUUUAUUUAUUUAUUGCUUAUUUAUGAACCACUAAUUUGAAAUAUAUUCAGUAAAAGAGAAUAUUCUUACAUGGUUUAAUGUUACAGACAAUAAAAACAGCUUUCUCCAGCAGAUGGAAAUGUGUUUAUUGUUUUUAUUCCUGUCGCAUAAAGAAAAUUCAUGCAGAUUUCUGACAUUAUUAAACAACAUGAACAAAUAGAGCCUUGUUUUCGCUCUGAUGGACACCAGAUUAGUUUUUUUCCUUUCAUGUUUUGUAGACAGGAGGAAAAGUCGAUAUCAAACGGUCAAGUUAACAAAGACAUUAUGAAAUUUAUAAUUAAUAUACCUAAAAAAAAAAAACAA